UGCUCCAGUAGAAAAGGGUAGCUCUAGGGCAGUUCUCAUCCUCCGGCUUAUUAUUAUCUAGAGGGUUUGAUUUUUGUAAACAUGUCAGUGGUCCCGAUGUAAAAAUAAAAAAAAAAAAAAAGAAUAUGGCGAACGAGUAACACCUUUGUCGUUGAGCAUAUUGUUUAAGAUUUGCGUUAGAAACUUCACAAUAUAAUCAUCACAAUACUAAGAAUCACAAAUCAAAACAUCUCCCUAGCGUCCGAAAUUCGGCUAUGAGUCAUCUAGCCGAACAAGUAGCAUUUAAGUAAAAGUGAUCGUUGGUAUCCGAUUGGAAACGUACCAUAAGCAUUGAUAUUCAGCUCGGUACAGUAGUCCGUUGUGUUUCAUCAGAAUGGAUGUAAGGUCUCAAGAUCCAUCAACCAGACUCAGAACCUUGACCAACUUUGCCAGCAGCAUCAAACUUGAAAGUAGAGUUCCCAUCCAAAGGUAUUUUCGUUCUGGAACAGAGAUGUUAAGAAUGGCUGACGUUUACUACAAGGAAGGCAGUAUUGAAAAUGCCUACACUUUGUACUUGAAGUUUCUCACGAUUUUUGUAGAAAAAAUAAUUGAACAUCCAGAAUACCACACAUUGUCAUCAGCUGAGAGGUCUCAGUUUAGCCCAAAAAUUAAGGAGGUCUUCCCAAAAACUGAAACACUGAAGCAAAAAUUACUUCACAUAUUUCAGCAAGAGCAUGAGUUGUAUGAAGAUGAGAUGGCCAAGAAAAAACAAGAAGAAAUUCUAAGGUUGGAAAAGGAAAUGGAGGCGCUACGAAUAAAGAAAGAGGAUGAAGAACGAAGAAGGCAGUACCAAGUGGAGAAGGACAAAUCUAUGGUGGACGUUGGGCAUCGGCCAUCGAAUGAAAAAUCAGUUCUGGUAAAGCCAGACGGACUAGCCCCCAUUUUCUCGGCUAACAACUUGUACCCUAGCAACUGCGUGCCUUCAGUAACCCACGAAACGAAAGCUGCUGCAAAAGAAUUGCCUGGAUUUGACCGCAACCUCAAACCGCGAACGAUAUUUUUAGGUCCAUCAGGAUUAAGAACCGUAGUUCUCCCCGCUUCAGUUCUGGAUGAGUUUGUCUCCUUGGCUAAUUCCAAUACUAAAAACAACGUCGAAACAUGCGGGAUUCUUGCGGGAAAAUUGGAGCAAAAUCAGUUUCUUAUCACUCAUCUGCUGAUUCCCAAGCAAAAUGGCACAUCGGAUUCAUGCACGACCCAAAACGAGGAGGAGUUGUUUAACGUACAGGAUAAACACAACCUUGUGACAUUGGGAUGGAUUCAUACCCAUCCAACGCAAACGGCUUUUCUAUCCAGCGUCGACUUGCACACCCAUUGCUCAUACCAACUGAUGAUGCCGGAAGCCGUGGCAGUCGUUUGUGCUCCAAAAUAUAACGAGACUGGAUAUUUCACUCUAACCACUAACCAUGGUUUGGAUUUGAUCGCCUCUUGCCGGCAGCAGGGCUUCCACCCACAUCCAUCCAACCCACCAUUGUUUGAGGUCGCUAGUCACAUUCAGAUUCAUCCAACCGCUCCAGUGAGCGUUAUCGAUUUAAGGAAGAUCUAAACAAAAAAGAAUAAUAAAAUAUUAUGUUAUGUUAGAAGCUGUUACUUAUUAGAUUUAAAUAUCAACGUUUUUUUACGUGUAUAAUCUGUAUUUUUUCUUCGCAAUAUAUAAGUGACAGACUGCAAUCCGUCCACACAUA